AUGGCGAGCACCAACCGCCCCGCAGACCCCCUCGCCAAGGGCGUCAUUCCUACCGCAAAGCAAAGUCUGAGGGACCUCUUCACCUGGGACCAGCGCGUCGUUGUUCGCAAUGAGUACGGCGAGGAGCACUGCGAGUGGCAAAAGCCAGAGCCUCUCAAGAACCCCUUCAGUCUGUUUGCUCAGCUUAGUUUGAAAGACUGGCUCUACUUCAUCGUUGGUUUCCUUGCAUGGACUGCCGAUGCAUUCGACUUCCACGCCUUGUCCAUCCAGACAACCAAGCUUGCCGACUACUAUGACACCACCAACACUGCCAUCACUACUGCCAUUACCCUGACUCUGCUUCUCCGCUCUGUCGGCGCUGCUAUGUUUGGUGUGGCAGGAGACAAGUUUGGCCGCAAGUGGCCCAUGGUUGCCAACAUGAUCAUCCUCGGUCUUCUCCAGGUUGCUACCAUCUAUGCCGGAACCUUCCAGCAGUUCCUUGGUGUGCGCAGUCUGUUCGGUCUCUUCAUGGGAGGUGUCUACGGAAAUGCCAUUUCCAUGGCACUUGAGAACUGCCCUGUCGAUGCUCGUGGUCUUAUGAGCGGUAUCUUGCAACAAGGUUACUCAUUCGGUUACGUCCUGGCAGCCUGUGCCAACUUGGGCGUCGGUGGCGAGACCAACACCUGGAAGAUUGUCUUCUGGGUCGGUGCUGGCUUCUCCAUCGCUGUUGGUUUCGUCCGUGUUCUCUUCCCCGAGUCCAAGCAGUUCCAAGAGGCGAAAAAGAAUGGCACCAAGAAGGCUCCUGGAGCUUUCUGGGCUGAGACCAAGAUCAUGCUCCGCGAGGAGUGGAAGAUGUGCCUCUACUGCAUCUUCCUGAUGACCUGGUUCAACUACUACUCCCACACUAGCCAGGACAGCUACACAACCUUCAUGAAGGCCCAGAAGCAUCUCACUCCCGCGGGCGCUACCCGUGCCUCCAUCUUGAUGAAGACUGGUGCCUGCGUUGGUGGAACCAUUCUCGGAUACACCUCGCAAUGGUUCGGUCGCCGCAGGAUGAUCUUCUGUGCCGUCUUGAUCUCCGGCUGCCUCAUCCCCGCCUGGAUUCUACCCACCACCGAGCGCGGCCUCUCCGCAUCCGGCUUCAUGAUCCAGUUCUUCGUGCAGGGUGCCUGGGGUGUGAUUCCCAUCCACUUGAGCGAGCUUUCCCCACCCGCCUUCCGUUCGUCUUUUGUGGGUAUCACCUACCAACUCGGAAACAUGAUCUCCUCGCCUUCUGCUCAAAUCGUCAACGCCGUCGCCGAGGCCACCAUGAUCAAGACCUCAAAGGGCAAGAUGUCCCCUGCCUACGGACCCGUCAUGGGUAUCGCUACCGCCAUCAUCGUCAUUGGUAUUGCUGUCACCAUUGCUCUCGGACCUGAGAAGAAGGGUCGCCACUUCGAGGAGGCAGGUCCCAUUGGCGCAAACAUCGAGCCUGCCAAGGACGUUGAAAGUGGCAGCAUGCACAGCGAGAAGAAUGGCGCUCAGGCUAUUGAGGUCCUCGACCACUCCAACACUACUGAGAAGCGUUGAACGGAGUAGUCGCGCCCUUCCUGCGGUGCAGGGAGUAUGCCGAGCAAUAUGCGGGCUGUACCGUUGACGGAAGCCCGGUUUUACGAUACCAGAUAUAUAUGAUGACCAAAUAUAAAUGAACACA